UCUUUCUUGCAAUUGGUAAAAACUUUCAACGUAAAUAUGUUGCUUGAAAAUGUUUUCUAGAGAAGUGGAUAUUAUUUUUAAUGAGAAUUUUGAUUACCGUAUUCGUAAAAGGGAAAUUGCACACAUGAUGGCGCGUCAAUUGGCCUUUCUUUGGUCUUGUGAUAUAUUACUUUCGUCAAAAGAAGGUUUCGCUACAUUUUUCGGAGCGUACAUCUUGAAUGAGAUAUUCAAAGAUUCUUACAUGAUGGAUUUAAUGGUUAUACAAGCACAACUAGAUCCUUUCCAUUACGACAUUCCUUCUACCACAGAAUUUCAAGCCAACUCAUUAAUGCUUCCAUUAAACAAUACUAUGAAAUCAUUCAUAAUGUGGCGUAUGUUAUACCAUGUAAUUCCUGAUGUGUUUUGGACUGGUAUCCGUCAAUAUAUCGAUAGACAUCGUAAUUAUUCAAGCACGACAACACCAGAUGAUUUAUGGACCACUAUACAAACUAUUCACGAAGCUAAACUCCCAAGUCAUGAACCCCACCUAUUUUUAAAAAAUAUAAUAAAAAGUUGGAUAACGAAGAAGUAUUACUCUGUUCUGUACAUGACACAAAAUUAUAGAAAUUCGACUGCGAUGAUAAAUUACAUUCUAUCUCCUUAUCUAUUAGCUAAAGAUAAGACAGAAAGCUGGAUACCUGUAACGUAUACGACGCAAUUGUCUGUUAACUAUUACAAUAAUGAUAGUUUUUCUGGCUGACCUCGCAUAAUUUUAGUCGCGUAAUUCCAGUGAUUGACAGAAACGGUAUUGUUUUACUCAAUAUAAAACAAAUUGGAUACUAUCGCGUCAAUUACGAUUUUAAAAACUGGAAAAGACUUAUGGACUACUUAAAUUCUGAAAAUUAUACCAAAAUACAUGUUCUCAAUCGCGCUCAAAUCAUAGAUGACGCAUUUUAUUUCUUAUUACAACGACAAUUUGAUUACGAUGACUUCUGGCAUCUUACGAGCUUUCUUCUUCGAGACAUAAAUUUUGUAACAUGGUAUCCUAUGUUUAAAGUUUUCGAAUCCUUGUCAUGCAUGGUUCCAUUUCAUUAUAAUGACGACGCAAAAGAAAAAAUAAGAAGCAUGAUAGAUCAACUUCUUACAACAAUAGGAUACAAUUACACUGAAAUAUAUGCAUUUGAUCUUAAUAUAUCUUUAAGAGAAGAAGCUGUAAAAUGGGCAUGUACUCUAGGUGUACCUGCGUGCCGUAGUAAAGCUGCUUCUGAGUUAAAUAAUGAGCUUGAAAAUUUUGUAAAAAACAAUAAUACCAUAGGGAAGAAAUGGAUAUUUUGUUAUGGUUCGAUAGCAGCAAACAACACAAUUUGGUUCAAGAUGUUAUCCAAAUUCAAUGAAAUAAAUGAUGACAGAUUUUUGGAAUAUUUAACGUGCUUUGAAAAUGUUGCUAUUAUUUCUAAUUAUUUAAAACAAAUAAUACUUGGAGAUAUUCAGUUACCAAGAAAUACGCGUGCUAGCGUAUUUCUUAGCAUUGUUGAGAAACAUGCAAAAAAAAAUGCAGUGCUUUCUAUUAUUUUGAAGAAUCUUAGAAACGUCACACUCACUUCAAACUGGAAAAAUGACGAAUUUGCAACAUUAAUUGUAAUUAUUACGCAUGUGUAUUCCACAAAUCACAUGGAUAUGAUAACUAAUUACAUAAUGCAGUACAGUCCAAUGCCAGCACGUCGAGCUAUUGAAAUGAAAUUAAACAAACGAAGAUCGGAAUACAGAAAACUAUACGGAAACUAUGGACGCUUUGGUUAUUAAAUCCAUCGUUUUUAAUUUC